AUGGGUGUCCCCAACGGCGAUCUACAAGAUCUCGAACGUCAACGCCUCGAACUCGAAGGCAACAUUCUGGAACUCCAGAAAUCCCUCUACCGAUGGAGAACGCAGGAGGCCGAAUACGAUGGUUUGAAGGAAGAGGUUGAAGAGCUGGAUGAUACCGCGACAACGGGUGACUUCUUUGAAAUCGGUCGCAACUACGACGGGACCUUGAGUGAAAAGGAACUUGCCGCGCUCGUUGCGGGGCAAGAUGCCAUUCGCAGCAAGGAACGAGUGAUUCAACUUAUCAUUAAGCGACUUGACACCGUGAAACAAAAUGUAUCGACCUUGGAAAAGAUGUUACGGGCAGCGGAGAACAAAUUACAUGACCUGGAUGCUAUGGAGCGGCUCCCAGCGGAUCCCACAGCCGAUUUUCCUAUGACAGAGAUUGUCGAAAACCUCGACGAGGACGGCAAUGUCAUCUCCAGCUCAACAAACACGCCAGGAAAUGAGUCCGCCGACCUUUUGGAACUCUUGACGAAGGCUGGCGUGAAGGAUGUACCAGAUACCCCCCAGACGAACACCCAGGCAGAAGCGUCGCAAGAACCUCAAAAUGAGUCCAGAGGUGAACCUUCAGGCUCGACAAUCAACGAUGUCCAAACCGCUCCUAGUCAAACGGGUAUUCUUACUCCCGAUUCUAUGGACAGCGACGAUGGUCCUCGGACUUAUCACUUCGAAGACGAACCCGCUACGUCGCAGUCAGCCGAGAAACACCAGGAGCGCCCUGUGACGAAUAUCGAUGAAUCCCCCGAAGAUGCACAACUGCGCAGCGAAAUGCUUCGUUACAGUCUCGAUGAGGUCGGAGCUGUUGUUGCGGAACUUGAACUCGACGAGGGAGCUAGUGACAUCUCGGUUGAUGAAGACGCCGACGUAUUCGCUUACGACGAUGAGGAAGAAAGCGAGGAAGACGAAUUCGGUCGGAGCACGCGGUCCGUGCUAGAUGAGGACUACCAUCAACAAAUGCGUGAGUUGGAGGCCAAGUUAAAUGCGCGCGGAAUGUGGAAUGUGGGCAAGGAUACCGGAACGCUCCCCGAGGACGUCAAGGAAGAACUUCAACAACCUGCCAAAGUCCGAAUUGAAGAGGCUCCCCAACAGACAGAUACACCUGCAGAAAAGAAGCCCAGGAAGAAGGUCGCUUUUGCCGACGAACUGGACAUUGCUCCCGCCCCGAAGCCUCCAACUGCAGAAAAGAAAGCCCUUCCUCCCAGACAAUCGGAGGUACAAGUUCUGUCCGACUCGGUUGUUGAACGUACAGAGCCAGCCGCCAAGGACCCAGCACCAAUUACUGCGCCGAAGAAGGCUUCUCGAUUCAAGAGUGCGCGAAGCUCUGCGACAGGGGAUGAAGCCAGAGAUUCUGUUGCACCGGUGAGCACCGCUCCCAGCUCUAGUAUAUUGCAGCGGAAGCAAGGAACGUCAUCGACGCCGUCACCCUCGUCGCUACCUCUAUUCCCUGCCAAACCAGUCGAGCCUAAGCCGUUCUCGCAACCCAUUCAAGAUGUUUCUGAAGAGCCACGGGCCCCCACGGGACCCAAGGAUAAGAUCCUGGCGGACAUUCUUGUCGAACGUGACAUCUCCGAAGGCGCCGCCGCGCCUCCCGAGCCGGACGAGCUCGACGAGCAGCUCCACCGAAAGCAAAUCGCAAGUGAAUUCUAUCGAGAAAGAAACAGGCGCAUCAAGGAGAAUGAGGGAUUCGUGGACAACGAGCCUGAAAUGGUUCCCAUUGAAACCGAAGAAGCUCCCAAGAAAGUGAGCAAGUUCAGAGCUGCCCGAAUGAGGUAG